GGAAAUGAAGAGAAAUCGGUGGCUCUUCCUGAGGAUGUCUUGAAGUCACUUAUAUCGAGAUCUUGUGAUUCCAGGGAAGUUGUUUUCCAGUUUAAAGAAGCCCUUCAGCUGGACGAGUCCGCUCUGAAAAAGCCAGAUGUCCAGACAAAACGGAAGAUUCGUUGUUUGGCUAGGCAGGCUAAAUGCUCAGACAGGUCCGAUGUUAUCAAGCAGUUAAGAGACAUAACACCUGCAGGAACAACGGGUGAGUCUAGGGUUUGUCUCGUUAAAUUACUGAGGAAAAAGGUACUGUAACCAAAUAUGUUUUCGAACUUUGGCGUCAAGAUCUGUAUGAAGUAACAAUUAAUUAAAUUACUUCUGUGGAAGCUUGUAGAGUAAUAGGCCACCGAGAUACUUUUACCAAUUAUUUGUCGUUUGACCUUUCCUCAAAUCUCUUAUUUAUCUUAACCACCAGUGCACCAGGAUAUGUCGUAAUGUUAAAUGUGCUUGUUUGCCAUUAGGUCCUUUGAUGAAAGACAGUCUUGACGUGCGAAAAAUUCCUCAUUCAGUGGCAAGAAAGCUUACCAUCGCAUUGUGUGGUAUGACCAAAAUUCAAUGUUUUUACUGAUUCACCUACUCACUCAGUGUGAAUUAAAAUUUAAAUAUCCUAAUAUAUAUCUGUUGGACUGAUAUGCCUCCUCAUUUCAAACAUGACAAUAUAAGGUCCAGCAAAUGAGAACUGGGGCGGCCUUCUUUUAGGUCGAUUAACCAAGGGAUCAGAGUACAAUUUCCCGAUUUUCUCUCAUGGCCUAUGAAGAGUUUAUGUUUUUUUUAACGCAUCGGUGAAAGUGUUUGGUAUACAUGCAUGCAUGCAUAUGAUCAGGAGCCAUAACCGCAUGUAUAACCGCAAGCGCGGGAUCCUCGCGGUUCCAUCGAGAUAGAUAUAUUAUUGUGCUAUUUUUAGAACAAACUGCGCCACCCUCAACGCCUCAAACUCGUGCGCGAACCCGCAAAUUUGUGCGGCUCUCGUGUGGAAUUUCAGGGGAUGCGGGGCGAUCAUCUUACAGCUUUUUUAAGGGCUCUCUCAACCUUCUUAGUGCUUCAUAUCUCGAUAUACAAUACAUUCACAAUGGAAGAAUGAGCCAAUGUUAUACAAAAUAUUUAUCGCAAAAACCUCGUGAAGAUCUAAUUAGCCAGCAGUAAGAAAAAAGGUAAGCAAGCCAAAAGGGAACAAUGAGGUAUCCUAAAAACAAGAAAACAAAAAAAAUAAAUAAAUAAAAGCAAAAACGAAAAAUAAAUUAUCAAAAAAGAAAAAAAGACCUUAGUCGAGAGUCGUACCUUGACCAUCUACAGGUUCCGCUCUUAGACCACUGCGCCACGCUAUCAAGGAUAAUGUUAAUGGGAAAAUUCUUGUAUCGUGAAUUGAAGGAUAUAUUUGAAGAAAAUUAGCCAUAAUUUUUGUUGUUGUUGUUAACUUUCUGCCCUCCUUUUCCCCGCAUUUUUUCUUGUUUCGUCCGAACGGGAUAUUCAUCGCACGACAUCUCCGACAUCUUUUUUGUCACUUUCCGUCUUUGUCAAAAACACUCACUACGGUGAUUAACAUCAACAAAAUCACAUUCACAGUCUGUAUAUUCAGGUCUUGCCUCAAACCCAGACAGAAAUGGAAUUUACUCAUCUCUUACGUUGGUAAUUUCCGACGCCAUUUUGUUUGUGUAUCAUUUGCACAUAGCCCUCGCAAAAAUGCGCGCGCGUGUCACCCGAGACGGCGUAAUUUGUGCUAAAAAUAGCCUAUUUUGCAUUAAUGGAAGAGGUAUCCAGUUAGGGUCUCCUACCCCGAUUAUGGCUCCUAAUAUGAUGGAUUUUUCUAAUUUGACAGAGCCCUUAUAUUUUUUGUGUUGCAGGAGGAGACGAGUGGAAGCUGGUUGCUGAGAGACUGGGUUUAGAUCAAGAAAAAAUUCGUUUUCUUGACAACCGCACCCUGAACCCAGCUGAUGCUCUAAUUGGUUAUAUGGCAAAUCAGCGUCAUUUGACUGUAGCAGAUCUUUAUAAAGUUUUGUGUGAUUGUGAGCUUCCUGUUAUAGCCGACACAUUGUAA